CGCCAGUUCCGAAGGAAGCUGAAGUCGUGAUAAAUCCUGCGCGAAAAAGAUACAGCAGCCACAAUUCUACAGAAAAAGUAGACGCAGACGCGGCUAAUAUUACUGUAAUAAGGACUGAAUCGCAUGUAACACGGUUCAAUAAUGCCAGAGCGAUGUUUGAGAAGUUGGGAGAGGAAAAUCGGAAAGAUAGAGUUAUUCCACUACAAUCAACCAGAAGCGCUUCCAAUAUCUUGGAUGCCAGAUCUCGCAGUUCAUCUGCAAAUAGCGAAACUAGAGAUGCCAAAUCAUAUCACGGAUCCAGAACACCGUCUCCUCCUCUCAAUAAAAAUCUAGACAAUUGCAGCAAUAACCUACCGUUCAUCAAAAAAACAAAUGGAUUCGAUGUCAGCGACACCGAAAACAACGCUAACGAAAAACCCGCUCUGAUGAAGAAACCAGACAAACCUGAACGGAAGUUUAACAGUAAAGAACUGAUCGAGCGCCAGCGAAAUUGGACUUCGCAUUUUUCGAAAACUCGGAAUAGUAGAUACAACAGCGAUCCAAAUAAAAACGACGUACGGCUGUCAGUUUCAAUCGAUUCCGAAAGAUCGGAGACAAAAGUGGCUGCUGCUACACGAAGCGCUUCUUUCAGCAGCAGAUUAAAAAGCCCUCCAACUUCUCCACCACCACCUCCCGUUCGGACCGAGGCCUCAAGGAGGACAAAUUUUGUAAAAAAAGAAAGACCUGCUUCUGUCAUUCCCACCACUACAGACAUAUUUGUCAAAGACCGAUCUCCACCGACAAGUCCAACAACUUCGGCAGCUCACCAGACUCAAAGAACGAAUAUGAUGUUAGAACCGGAUAACGAUGUUACGUGUAUGGAAAAAUCGAGAAAUCAUUCGGAUCAAUAUUACAGAAGGGACAUAAUUUCUCCUCACGACGAAGUUAAUCAAAAACACCACGCAGUAAAGGAUAACGAUGGUUUGUUAAUAGUUACCCAAACUAUGGUUACGAAAUCUCCUUUAGAUGAUAAAGAUGCCAGUAGAGAAAAUUUGUCGGCAGCUUCGGGAAGUUUGUCAUCUCUUAGUCCUCCUAGUAGCCCUAGCAAAAUGAAGUCUGAGCAGGAGAAACAGGAAGAAGAGGCCAAUGAAAAAUCUUUCCUGAACAAUGAUCCGAGAAAAAUAGACCCAAAGACUGAAGAAGCAGUUGCUUUAUCAAGAAAAACAAAAGUUAGUAGUAUUUCAUUAAACAUUCCAGCUGCUGGUCUCGGAAGCCGACCUUCAUCUAUCAUAAGCACAACCACGUCAGAUGAAGGAGGCUUCAAUGAACCUUCCCCAAAAAUAGAAGCCAAAUUAAAGCCGCAUGAAGAAUCGCUCUAUGACUUUCCUAUAAACGAAGAUAAACCUUUGGAAUAUACAGAUUCCCCGAUGAUGUGAGUGAAUACCAAGAUUUAACGAUUCACGAACCGACCAAACUUACUGCUGCUGAAAUAGAAGCAUUAUAUGCAGUGCCCCAUAAGAAACCCCAAGUAGAAAGCAAACCUCCAAUAGUCCCACAAUUAGAAAGCGCCUUUUCGGACGAAGACGACGAUGUACCACAUUACGCGGUACCCUACAGACCAAGUCCCGUUAGUCAACAGAAAUCUUUUACAUCAACUGACUCGGAUUCACCUGGAAGACCACACAGUAUCAGUCAACAAAAGUCGGUAACGUCUACAGAUUCGGACGCAUCUCAAGUUACAGUAAUACCUCAGAGAUCGAUCGACUCUGACAUCAUGUACCAUGACCAGUCAAAAACCACGACGCCAUCAGUAUUAACGCAACUAGAUAGCCAGGAUAGUUUCGACAGAAGUGGCCAAAGCAAACCAGAGCUUACAAAUAGGAUUAGUUGUGAAGAGUCUGAUAGUGUAGAUCCGAAACGAUCGGAACCAUUUAUACUGACACGAGAAGUACUCAAGAUGUGUGAUAAAACCGCUCGCGUACAAGAUGUUCAAAGGUCUGAAGCCAAUAUACUAGAUUUAAACGAUGUAGAAUACGCUGACGCCAGCGAUAACGACCAGGAGAAUAGUCUAGAGGAGAAACAUGUACCUGAACCGGACGCCAUGACUCAGGAUGAGGCUGAUAAUUUGCUCAGUAGCAAGAUUUUGGAGAAACAAAGAGUCCAGCUGCUGUCAGACGAAGAAGCGCAAGAAGUAACAAGACUGCUAAACAUUAAAGAAAACGAAUCGAGCAACAAAUGGCUGCCAAACGCAACAAGUUCAUUCCUGCAAGAUUCUGUUACGGCUUCUAUCCAAGACUCCUCCGGACCAGUUUCGCUGAACGAUAGCUACAACCUACCUUCUUUGCAUGACGAUCAAGGUAAAGAUUUUAUCAACGAGCAGAGCCAAACGACUGACUUAGUGUACACUAAAUUGAACAAAAUAAAAUCUGUCGAACCUUUGUCGCAAUAUUACGAAUCCACCGAGAGUCUAGUUUCUGCGCAAGAUGAGGAGGAACCGUCUAAAGUUGAAAUCGACACUAGUGUUUCUGCGACUGAUUCGGGACUGAUAGAUUCAGUCACCAGCUUAUCAGAAGGCAACUAUUUAGAAAAGACUGACGACGAUUUUGUACCAAAGCCAGUUAGCAUUAUAGGAAUUGAACACGGUGUCCACUAUUACGAAGACGGUCACUUUUGGAUGGAAGUUCCUGGCCUACCACCGGAAGAAGAGGAUGAAGAAGAUUUCGAAUGUACGGAAUAUCUGCCCAAAACCAGCAGAGUGAAGUUUUCCAAAGAACCGAUGAAAGUGUACUCUACAUUCAGUAUCACAGAUUAUGACCGAAAGAAUGAGGAUGUGGAUCCGGUUGCUGCUUCGGCUGAAUAUGAACUAGAAAAACGAGUUGAAAAGAUGGAUGUAUUUCCGGUGGAACUCGUCAAAGGUUCCGAAGGACUCGGGUUAAGCAUUAUAGGAAUGGGAGUCGGGGCAGACGCAGGAUUGGAGAAAUUGGGCAUUUUUGUUAAAACCAUAACAGCAAAUGGAGCAGCUGCUAAAGAUGGCAGGAUAAAAGUCAACGACCAAAUCAUUGAGGUCGAUGGCAAGAGUUUAGUCGGGGUUACACAAGCUUACGCUGCGAGCGUUCUCAGGAACACAUCUGGUUUGGUUAGGUUCAGUAUUGGUCGGGAGAGAGAUCCAGAGAAUAGCGAGGUAGCACAGCUCAUUAGACAGUCGUUACAGGCUGAUAAAGAACGAGAAGAAAGACGGCAGAGGAUGUUAGAUGAACAACAACAGCAUAGUGAAGCUAGCACUGUACAACUGACAGGUUCAGCGAAUACAAGUGUAAGUGACGGACCUACUAGUCCAAUUGUAAAUCAAGAAGGACUUUUCGACCAUGAACAAGACAAUGUUGACUCUCUCAGAGCUUUACUAAUAGAGUUAAUGGAACAAAAUGGAGUUAAACCUGACGAUUCGGAAAAGUUCGAACAAGCCACUCAAAAGCUCAAAGAAACAGAACGCAGUCUCCUCACAGCCAAAAAGGAAAUACAAACGUACCAAAACAUGUUAGAGCAGUCCCAAACUCAAUAUCAGGUUCUAGAAAAGAAAUACAACCGAGCGAAACAUUUGGUUCGGGAAUUCCAACAACGCGAAUUGGACAUGCUACACAGAGAAGAUUUUUAUCAACAGCUCCUGCAAGAGAAAGAUACGGAGUACAAUUCUCUGGUGAAAACAUUGAAGGACCGAGUAAUAGCUUUGGAACAGGAUUUAUUAGACACCCAAAGGAAAGCGGGUUUACCGAUGGUCCUUCCCUACGGUAACAUGAAUUUGAAACAACUUACUCCUCAAAUGUCGAGAAGACAACCACCGAAACCUUUGUUCAAAUCGUUGCAGCCGGAUCUUUCUGAUACGGAAAUGUCCGAUGCUAGUCCGGACGACGAUAAAACUGCGACAGUCGAGAGAAAAUUGCCAAUUAAAGAGGAGUUCGACAGAGCGGUACCUCCACACGAACUUCUCGAUAUCUCCGCCAGCAAGAGCAAGGCUGAACUGGCUAAUAGAGGAGCACUUGCCAAUAGGCAACUACCAAGUGCGAAAAAAGGAUCGCUCAGCAAUAGCAGCUCGGACUACGGACUAGACGAAGGAUGCAAUUCCUCGGACGAGGUUACGGACUCUGUCUUCGUUUCACAGGCCAACGAAAUAAAGCAGAAACUUAACCAAACCGUGGUACGACCGACCUCCUUCACUAGUGCAACUCAACAGUACGUUCAGUCGCAGUAUGUCGCACAACAAAAAAAUCAAAAUAAUAGUCAGUACACCGUACAAUAUACUCAGGUACAAAAAUCAAACCAAUACUCAGUAAAUCAAAGCACAAGUUCAAAUCAGUCGAGCGUCGUGUACGCUAGUAUACAAAAAGAAACGAAUAAAUUCCAACAACCGAGCCCGGAUCCUUGGAGUGAUAGUCUUAAUAGGGUGAACAAUACGAUGGUGUGUCCACCGCCUACGCUUGCGGAACAAUUAAAACAGGUAUUAGCAGAACGCGAAAAACGCUUAGGCACUGAUAGUGUUAGUAGUUCCACAGACGAUUUAAACGAUAGUUCAAAAGAAGAUCCAGCGCACCAUCUUCUGGAGGAAAUACGACAAGCCGUAAACGAAGCAAACUCAAAAGUAAAGAAAGUUCUUCCAGUAACUCUGUCCCCGCCAGGUAGCACACCGUGGCAACCGCAAAACAAUACAUCACCAACACCUCCCUCACCGUCGAGUCUCUCCUCUGGUUCGGUAUCUCCAUCUAGAUACGAUUCUUCGUGGGUGAAUACCGAUCUAAGCCUUUCUUCGUGUAGUAUAGCUAGUGAUAAGAGGGCGACACACUAUUGGCAAUCGACGCCGAUUCUAGAUUGGUCCAAAGAUCAGGUCUGCAACUGGUUGAUAGCUGUGGGAAUGGAGCAACACGUCUCCAAAUUUGCUGAAUUGCAAGUCAAUGGUAGUGCGUUGUUGUUGCUAACGUCAGCAGACUUCAAAAUUUUAGGAAUCACUAGCGACGACAAAAGUAGAUUGAAACGAAAAAUAAAAGAGCUCAAGAUGCAGGCUGAGAAAGAGAGGAAACAGAUGGAACGAGACAGGAAAGAAAAGGAAAAAUUGCAAAAGAAAGCGGAUAAAGCCAAUAAGAAGAAAUAAUUUGAUAUUUUUCGGUCUGUGAGAUUGUAAGUGAUUGAUGUUUAAAUGUCAGUCAUGCCAUAUAUCUAUCGUGGUUUACAGGUUGACGAGAAAUUACCUGUUUGAUACUAUUGUAUCAAAGAGAUUUUUUUAAAUUUAAUAUUGUAGAAUUCUUUUAAACAAAUCUUUUGAAUAGAGAUGACAGAUUUCUCUUAUAACAGUUUUAUAAACUUAGUAGGUGGAAAAAUUUAGUAAGUAAUGACUCUUCCAAUGAUUUUCUGUUAUUGAUUUCACAGUUCUUCUACCUUAUUUAUUAAUUUAUUAUUUAUGAGGAUUCCAUACUUUAUGUAGUAGGCUGUGUAUAAAUUUGGUCUAUAUAAUCUCAAUACAUUUGUCCUUAACGUGAAUACACUUUGUCAAUGGGUUAUCAAUAUUCAGCUGUUGAUGUCAAUUUCCAUCGCUCUGUCGUAAUAAGAAUGGUAUAUUUUUACUACUAUCGAUAAGAAUAGUUGCAGACGAUCAGCGAAAGUAAUGCCCGGAUUUGGAAGUUUUCAUAAACACCAAGGGAUCUUCCCAUAUUACCCAAGUUUUUUUUUAUUCUUUGCUUUGGAUGGUUCAUUUUCCUAUAAAUUUUUGUAUUGUGAUUUUUUCAUAAUUUCGGUUUUUGUAUUUGGGAUUUAAUCUAAAACUAAUAAUCUCAAAUAUGUAAAUACGUAAGUUAUAUUCAUAACUACCAAAACCUAAAAAAAUGUUUAAAUUUUCAAUUUUAGUUAACAUGUGUAAUAUUACUUUGCCAUCAGCAUUGUCCAGAGAUUCUUUGAUACGUUCAAUAAUUCUCUUUGUCAAUAAGCAUUUGAUGUGCUGCACACAUCUGGACGUCGCGAAGAGUACAGCUUUCUGCAUGGCCUUCUAGAGAUGUUCAUUUAGACCCAAUUGUUUUAUGUUCUCUAGGAGGUUUUUGGAAAUAACACCAGUAGUUGAUAGAAUAAUAGGUAAUGUCUGGGUACUUUUAGAUUUUCCAUUGUCUCCUAAUUUGUAUUUCUAGAUCUCUACACUUUUGGUGAUCUUUUUGUUAUAUUUAACACGCAAAUUAUUGGUGUUAGGUAUCGCCACAUUAAUAAGUGUUAAUUACGUAUUAAUAAUUCGGAAAAUGGUCAGUUUGGAGAAGUCCCAAUUUGUCAGCUAGUUCUUGGUGGAUAAUUUUUCCUACUGAGUCAUGGCGUUCUUUAUACUCAGUUCCGAGAAAGGUUUUGGCAGUCCCCGGUAAGAUGUUGGAUGGUUUCUUUGGAAUAACCUGAUCCUGAAUGGCAACUGAAAGACCCCCGGCCUCGGGAAAUAUCGUUACUGAUGUCAACCAAUAGUUCGACGCUGUAUUGUGACAGUUGACAUAUUCUUGGCUGAUCUCAUUGAGAUGUCGCCCUUGCAGAGAUUUACUCAUCCAGGUGCGCAUUUUUAUUGCUUAGUCAGGUGGUGUAUGGGUAUUUCUUGUUCCCUCAGUUUAAGCGGCGUUGUAUAAUAUGCAAAUUGUUCGAUGUAAGGUAGAUGUCUCAGCCUGCUCCUGAAAAUAAGUUCUUAAAUUAGCAAGCUGUUUAUCCAGUUGCUCACCUAUGUCCUCUUCCCCCUCGAUAUCGCGGUAAUGUUCUCUCUACUGCACUGUGUGGAUUGUGCUUUUUCGCCUUUGUGAGAAGUGUUCUUACUUUGCGCCGAAGACUCUCUAUAUCCGUUUUUACCACAUUAUAUUACCAAAUGAUUAGCUCGGCGGGGAACAGGCGUACGUAUUUAAUGCCUUAAACAAAUAUUUACUGUUUUUAUGGCCAAUUUGCCUCGAUGUUUCGGCCAUCUUGCCUAUCGAAACCUCCAGACUCCCUAUUAUUAUUCACAUUAUUAUUAAGGUUAGCACUUGUCCUUAACAUGGAAUAUAACAAAAUGAAAAGGUUUAAAGUUCUUUUAGUGAUACAGCCAAACAACAUUUUUUGAUUUCUAGUUUGUUUUUUGUUCCUGUCCAUAACAUUGGAGGGUAUUUUCCUCAUCGGUUUCCCCGAAAAGUAAGUUACUUUUUUAUUCUUUUCUGGAAGUUGUCUGGUGUGAUGAAAGUUCGCCUAAAAGACUCUGAGCCAAGGUCUAUUCGAAGCAGAGACAAAGUCAGCGACCGGGACCUCUACUCGUUCCCAUCACAGUUUUAUUUGUAGACUCGCAGCCAUCAUCCCUGGGCUAUCUCUUUUUUUGUGCCAAUUUUAUUUCCACAAGUCGGGACGACAUGCUGUGCUUACCCUUACCAAGACCCUCCUCCAGCAUUCGCCAGCCCCUGUUACAUCGCUUAGGUUACACUUUUCCUCCUGUACGAUGCAUCUCACAGACACGAUGGUGUUACAACUCGGGUCUGGGGAGUGCAGUUGUCACAGCACAAAUCCCCUCGUAUGAUGAGUGUAGAUAUGCUUGUGUAAUUUGUGUUUGGGUGUGUAUAUGGGUGUACACAUAUGUUCAUGUGGGAGUGUGUCAUGUUCACUCAAUAAAUCAACGAUUAAUGACAUGCUGCAGUCCCUAUGUAAUGUUCUCAAUUGAUCCACCGGUGUUUAUUUGAUUAUAUAUUGUUCACACCUGUCGUAUAGUCCAAUAUACCCAAAUAACGUUCUUUAUUAGCCACUGAGACGCGCCGUGUUGAGAAUGAGAGCUUCCAGUCUGUCCUGGCUGGUGUAUUGGUGAUCUGUGUACCUGAUUUCUUCCAACGUACUCAUGGUAUACUCAGUAGUUAUAGAAUAUAUUAAUGAUAUAUUUCAGUACUUAUUUUAGAAGUUUUGAGGUAGAUUUUAACAAACUGUUAAACAAGUUAAACUGUCAAACCAUUUUUAUAUGAGAUCCUUAUUGUAGUAUCCAAUUAUUGCGUAAAUCGAUCUAUUGUUCUUUUGAUUUUUUUAUGGUUAAUAAACAAAAUUUUUUAAAUAAACGGUUCUAAGUAUGUAUAUGGCAACAAUUCUCGUCACCUGGCUACGAUUUUCGCGGAGUGGUCAUUGUUGAGAGUGCCAGAGUAUAUAAGAUUAUAUUGUUCCUUGAUCUUGUCAAAUAUACCUAAGUCAAAACAAAAAUGUAUGGAUUUGUUUUAGAAAUUGUAUUGUGUACUAUACAAUGUGCUCGUUCUAGCAUAGUUAGUAUAUUAUAAAGAAAAUGUAAAUAUAUUUGAAACAAAAGUGUGUAUGUUUUAGAAGCAUUUAAAAAUUAUGUACUUGUUUAUAUAAGUAUGGAUAUUCCUGUUUACAAUUUUUUAAGUUCCUUUUAUUCGGAAAACAUAUACAUUGAUGAAUGUAUCAGACUUUGUUAGCUGCGUGGAAUUGGUAUUCAGCUAUCGAUAGCUAAAUUGACUAUUUAGCUGAACGUUUCGGUUAUUUCUCGAGGUUUUUUAUUACGGAACAUAGUAUACAUUUAUUUUAACGUCGAAUGAGCAUCAAUUAUGAUUAGGGCAGCUUUUCUUCGAGAAAUAAAUAAUAAACGAUGUUUCUCAUUAGUGAGAUUUUUCAUUAAAGUCUUGGUGUUACUUGUAUGUAUAACUUUCGUAUGAUAUUUAGAUCCCAUUUUCUUAACGUCACGUUUCACGUUUAAUGUCAAGUUUUAUGUCAAACGUGACAUUUGACAUCGAACUCUCAGUUCGAUGUCACUAGAAGUGGCUACCUUUCUAUUGCCAUCUGUCAUUGAUGGCAGAAAAUAAAGACCUCCAUGUUUCUAUUAUCGAUUUAAACAACUUAAAUACCAAUUCCAUGCAUGUGAUUUUUUUAUUUUAAGAUAGUGUAAGGUUAAUUUAUUUAUUGUUUUUUUAAUAUUUUAUCAACAUGCAAUUUUAAUAUACUAACGUUGUGAUAAUCAAUUUUAUAUUUUGAAAUUUACAUUAAGUAUUAUUAUCUAUUCUUCUUUUACUUUGUGUAUACGGUUCCAGAAUAAGAUAUUUUUCAUACUGUGUAAUCCAUUUAGAUUGGAAACAACCUUGUAGAGUUUGAUGUCGUCAACCGAUUUCAACGAUUUUUUUAGUGUCAUUGAUAAAAUAUGUACUUCAGGACAAAAUUUAAAAAGGUUAUUUCAAUUUUCAGGUGAUACCACCGUAGUUUUUCGUAAAUUAAAAUAGAGAAAAUUUAUUAUUCACUUUGGUUUAAAAAAAUUGUUACACCAGCAGAUUUGAACGUUCUUUAAAUAGCUAUGACGUAAUUUUGUAAAAAAAAUAUACAUAAUGAAGGUAGAACAACUUACAGAGUACAUCUCCUUCGUAGUCAUAAAUAAGAAAUUUUUAUUUUACAUAUUUCUGCGCCACUGGCUUUAGAGUACCUCCAGUUAGCUGUGUAAAAUGUCAGAAAAAUAAGUUUAUUGAUAAGUUAGAACAAUUUAAAAUUCGGAAACAGAUAUUAGCACUUUAAGUAGAAAUUUUCUUACUUACUUUACUUUAUCGUGUCCGGACAUGUCAUUCAUAAAAUUUCGGCCCCGUAUCGGGCUACGUCGGUUCCAUCUUUGUUGGCGAGCCACAAAUCUUCAAGGGUAAAUCGAUGAGGACAGUUUCUGCAUGUAAGAAGAUGUUCCAUAUUCUGUGUUUCUCCACAGUCACAGUUCACAUCAUCUUGGUCUAUUUUUCCCCAUUUUGCCAUGUUUGAUUUUACUGUAGCAACUCCCGUUCUUAUCCUAUUCAAGGUUUUCCACGUUUUAAAGUCUAGGGUCUGGCCGGUCCAUUGAACCUGGGGAAGUGGAAAAUACUCAGGCGGUUCAUUAUGCACUGUUCCAAGGAAGCUUUUCCUAGAUUUUAGUCGCUUUCGUGGUGUUCGAGCUUUGUAUAGGGCAUGCCGAUCGUCCGCGAUCUGUUUAAUUUUCUCUAUGUGUUCUGCAGCGCCCCUGCGUGUUGAGGGUUCUGCAAAACCCGCUGCUCUAUAUAGAUUUGAAAGUGGCGUUGGUUUCAUGCACCCGGUUACUAUCCUGCAUGUCUCCUUUAGCGCAGUAUCAACUUGUUUGGUGUGGGCAGAUCUGCUCGAGGCACGCAUAUUCAGCAGUUGAGAAACACAGUGCCUGUGCCGUUGUUCUUAAAACGCCAGGACGUGCGCCCCAUUUACUUCCCGUUAGCUUAUUGAGUAUGCUGUUCCUAGUUGUUACUUUCCCUCUUGUUUUUAUGCAAUGUUGUCUGUAGGUGAGGGACCGGUCCAGAGUUACUCCAAGAUAUAUAGGUUGGUUUGUGUGUUCUAAUGCAUUACCAUUCCACACAAUUUGGAGUUUUCACUUGGCUUCCUUUGUGCGAAGGUGGAAAGCACAGAUUUGGGUUUUAGAGGGACUGGGUCUCAGAGAAUGCUGCAGGUAGUACGCUGUCAUUGUUUUUAAGGCAGUUUCGAGUUUCUCCUCCACUUCUUCAAAACUAUUUCCUUGAGCACAUAUUGCAAGAUCGUCAGCAUAGAGGAAGUGCUUGGUUUCGGUCGGAGUAGGUUGUACGUUGUGUAUAUAUUGAAGAGCAUUGGUGCUAAAACACUUCCCUGUGGGAGGCCGUUUUUUUGAACUCUCCACACUUACUUUACCCUCCAGCUUAACGAAAAAACGUCUAUUCUGCUAUUUUUUUAUUAAAAAAAAAAUUUUCUAAAAAAUGAGAAAGCAACUAAUGAAGUGAGAAUCUAUCUAAAAACCACCUAGUGCGGGAUACUAAGUCAACAAAUUUGUUUCUCCUAUUUUUUGUCUAUUUUUUUUUUGAUAACGUGCCCACAGAACAUCUUAUUAUUUUGAAAAAAAAGUUUUUGUGGGGUUCAUCCCUUAAUGUAUGGGAUGCUAUUCACGAUCAUCCGAUUAUUAAAAGACUGAAUUUAUUUGAGAUGUCGUAAGAGCAGUGACAGGAUAACAGUGGUUUAGAUUGGCGCAUAAUAGAGAAAGAUGGAAGCAAUUGAGAGAUACCUACAUUCAGGAGUGGAUGGAAAAUGUUUGAAGAAUUGAUGUGUUGAUUUAGACAAUGUGGUAAUGGUCAACUUCAACCCGAUGAAUAGACCGUAUUAAUUGAUUGAUAUAUCGGGCCCAAAACUCGCAAUGUCAGAAUAUUUUAUACAGACUUAUCACACAAAAGUUUUACAGACCUAACAGACAGAAGCGAACUUUAUGUAAGAACUAAAGAGAAAGACAUUGAAUUGGAAAAAUAUGUAUGCACUACUACAAAAAUGUAUUUAUGUGGCAGGUCAACAGAGGCCAAAAUAUUCUAAUAAUUAUUUGUUAGUUAAGUUUAUUUCAUUAAAUAUUAUGUUAACACAGGUUGUUUAUUUGUGACAGCAAAAUUUUAAAUUGUUCUAACUCUGAUUGACUACUAAAAGUAUUGUGCGCUCUCAAAGUUUUAAUAAACUAUUUAAAUUUUAUCCCGAAGAACAUCUUUUGUUUUUUGACAAUUGAAAAAUGGUUGAAAUUAAUUAAUAACUUUUAUACGGUUUCCAAUCCAAAUGAAUCACACUAUGUACCCAAACGGUGUCAUAUUAGAUAGUAGUUUAUUUGCACGUUGUAGUUUUUUCAGAUCACUUUUAUUUUUAUAUAGUGUUUCUCAUACAUAUAUACAUAUUUCAGUAUUAUGUAAGAUUGUUAGAGAUAAUAUUUGAAAUAAUCAAUAAACGAUCUCAAUGCUUUCUUAUUGUGGAACGGUAAUUUUAAAAAUAUUUUGAAUCGAAAGUAUGUGAUCAUUUGUAAAAUAUAAAAUGUGUUGAUGUAUUCGAUCUUGUUGACUAUUGUUUUCUUAUAUUUGGUUUAUUAUUCUGUUAUGUUUCAUUUCAUUUUUCAAAUUCACAAUAAAUUCUUAGCUUUCGACUUUUUACCAAUGAU